GUUACCUUCACUCUCACGAGACACUACAAAAACCUUAGUAUUUAUUUUAUUGUUGUUCUGUUCUUCUCUAAUUGUUCCUGUUUUCUUGUUGAUAAGAGCAUUAUGGCUUCAAAUGGUAUAUUGGGUAAUAAGAGAAAGGCUUCAGAAAGAGAUGAAGUUACUGAAGAUGGUAUUGUUCAUAUCGAAUUUGGAAUCAGGGGUCAGGAUGGGAAUGAGCAGCAUUUCAAAGUGAACCAGGACAAGUUCUUGAUAACAGCAUUUCAACAGUACUGUAAAAAGAUGAAAUUGCAAUAUGCCACCAUCAACUUUCUGCUUGAUGAGAAAUCUAUUCAAGGAAAUCGUCAAACACCAAAGAUGCUGAAUUUGAAAAAUGGUGACACGAUUGAUGCCAUGAAACACCAAUCAGGAGGUGGUGUUGUAGCUAUGUAAGUUGGAGGAAAUUAAAUGGCUUCGUAAAUAAGUUUGUUAGUAUGAAUUGUUAAUUUGUUUGUUUGACUAUUUUAUAAUGUAUUUGAGGUGCAUGAUCGAUGAUCACAAAAGUAGAAAAUUUAUUGUUCGGAAACACCAUAAACAAGCAUCGAUAUUGUGAGAAUAUGAACUCAAAUCUUUGAUGUUCUCACAUUUAUUGGCAGUCAAAUUCGAACCCUAAUUUUUGUAAUUUGUAUUGAUUAUGAUUGAUCAAUU